GGGGGGGUUCGGGGGGCUCUAAGGAAUUCAGGGCCUGGUUGCAGCUCCCUGAGUGGGCGCCUGCAUUCUACUACCUCCCAGGAAGGGGAGCGGGAUCUAGAAAGAAUAACUUCACCCUUGCAGGCUUUUCAGGGAGCUCUGAGUUUCAGAACAAGCAAGGGAAGAAGAAAUGGUAAGCAUCUUCUUCAGCCCUGGAGUGCGCACACUUUUACUUGGGACUACAUACUUCAUCCUGCCCUGCUCCUCGCCUGGUCAGAAAGGUGUUUGCUAGAAGCACUGUCAGGGCUGAGCACGCUGGAGAAGGCUGCAGACACUCCCUCUGAGGGCAUGUGCAGCCAAGGAGAGAGACAUUUCUGAGGACAAACAAGUGGGCAUGGGAGGACGCAAGAUGGCCAGAGAUGAAGAAAAUGCCUAUGGUUCCCAGGACCCGGAAGACCAGCAGCCCCUCGCGCAGGAGCGCAGGCUCAGGCUCAUCCUGGCCGGCAGGACCGGAGUGGGCAAGAGCGCCACGGGCAACAGCAUCCUGGGCCACAGGCUCUUCCCGUCCAGGCUCGCGGCCACCCCGGUGACCAGAAGCUGCACCCUGGGGAGCCGCAGCUGGGCCGGGUGGCGCGUGGAGGUCACCGACACCCCCGACCUCUUCACCGCCCAAGGCCGGCACGCGGACCCGGACUGCACCGAGCGGGCCAGCUGCUACCUGCUCUCGGCGCCCGGACCGCACGCGCUGCUGCUGGUCACGCAGCUGGGCCGCUUCACCGCCCAGGACGAGGAGGCGGCGCGCGGCGUCCGCGAGCUGUUCGGCGCCGGCGUCCUGGCGCGCGCCGUGGUCGUCUUCACGCGCCGGGAGGACCUGGAGGGGGCCUCGCUGCACGACUACGUGCGCGCCACCGACAACCGCGCGCUGCGGGCCCUGGUGGCCGAGUGCGGCGGCCGCGUGUGCGCCCUGGACAACCGAGCGGAAGGCGCCGAGCGCGAUGCGCAGGUGGGCGAGCUGCUGGCGCUGGUGGAGCGGCUGGCGCUGGAGCACGACGGCGCGCCCUUCACCGACGACGUGUACGGCCUGGCGUGGGCCCGGCGCCACGCGCGUCCCGAGGACACGCUCCGCCUGGUGGCUGCGCGGCUGGCGGCCCGCGGUCUGGGGCGGGGGUGGGGUCGGCAGUGGGGGCGGGGGCGGCGCUGGCUGGAGGCCACAAGGCGGUUGUGGCCGCUGGCGCUCCUGCUGCUGGGGGGCGCACUGUUACUUGUCCUGCUGCUUCUCCAGCGGGGGGCUCCAGGGCCAGAUUGAAGGCUCUGCCCUUCCAAAUGUGGGGAGCCUGGAGGGUAAAGGGGCUGGGUCAAGGCGCUGAGGGGAACUUAAACCCAAUUUCAAAGGAAACCUGGAGUUUCAGACUGGGAGUCUUAAUGACUCAGGACGCCUUGGACACUGUAUCGACUUUGCAAAGGCUCAAGUUCACUUUUAGCAUUCAAAUGUCACUUUUGACUAUAUGUACACUAUUCAAAUAAAUGUGGUUAACUUUCAAAUG